AUGGGAAAACCGAAACACAUGACGAACAAACAGAACCCUUUCGCCAAGAAGAAACGCAACAAUAAGGAAAAGGGCGCUCAACCGCCGGUACGUAGAGAUAAACCGUACGAAAGUAUCGUACUGGAGAAUGAGUCGUUUGAGGCGUACUACAAGCACCAGCAGAUCUGCGGCAGCGAUGCCGAAUGGGACCAAUUUAUGGCGCACAUGAGAAGAAACCUUCCGGUUACAUUCCGCAUCACUGGUUCAAAAGCUCAAGCCGCACUGCUGCUGAAGCUGAUCAAGCAAGAUUUUUUCGAAGAGUACUUCCGGGCGGUAAAGGAGCUGCGAAACGAAGAAACGGAUGCGCUCGUUCAGCCUCCCCAGUGUCUCGCGUGGUAUCCACGGGAAAUGGCCUGGCAGUUGGAGCUGUCACGGAAAGAUAUACGCCGUUCCGAACCACUAUUCAAGCUGCACAAUUUUCUGAUUUCGGAAACCAGUUCCGGUUACAUCAGUCGGCAAGAGGCGGUAUCGAUGAUACCUCCACUGGUGCUAGGUGUAGAGUCACAUCACAAGGUGCUGGACAUGUGUGCUGCUCCCGGGUCAAAAACGGCACAAUUGAUCGAGUCGCUGCAUGCCAAAAGCGAUGGUCAACCCACAGGGUUUGUGAUGGCCAACGAUGUGGACAAUAAUCGGUGCUACAUGCUGGUACACCAAACAAAGCGCCUUAACUCACCUUGUUUUCUAGUAACGAAUGGUGAUAGUUCUACCUUUCCGUCGAUGCAGUACACACAGGAGGACGGCACGGUGUGUCCGCUGAAGUUUGACCGGGUACUGUGCGACGUACCCUGUUCGGGCGAUGGCACGCUGCGAAAGAAUGCCGACAUCUGGAACAAAUGGAACCUUGCGCAGGCCUCAAAUCUGCAUGGUUUGCAGUACCGUAUACUGAAGCGUGGUGCUGAAUUGCUCGAGGUAGGCGGAAAGCUCGUCUACUCGACUUGCUCAUUGAACCCGAUCGAAAAUGAAGCGGUUCUCCAUCACCUUCUGAAGGAAGCGAACGAUUCUUUGGAGAUAGUCAAGUGUUGCGAUGCGCUACCUACACUGAAAUAUUCCAACGGUCUUACGUACUGGGAACCGGCAUCGAAAGAUCUAACAUUCUAUAAAUCCUUCGAUGAGGUGCCCGAAUCACAGCGAACCGUUAUUCGUCCCGGCAUGUUUCCACCAUCGAGGGAGGAAGCAGUUGGGAAAUAUCAUCUCGAUCGGUGCUUACGAAUCUUGCCCCACCAACAGAAUACAGGAGGAUUCUUCGUGGCAUUGUUGGAGAAAAAGAAACCUCUGCCGUGGGAAGCAGUGGCUGACGGACAAGUGCUCACCGAAACCACCCCGAUCGUUGAGCCUCCGCAGAAGAAAACGAAAUAUAUGCGAGGAUUUAAAGAGGAUCCGUUCGUAUUUUUCGAAGAAAAGGAAGAGGUCUUUGAAUCGCUGAACAAGUUCUUCCAGUUAAGAGCAGACUUUGAACCACGAAACCUUCUUACGCGAUGUAAGGUUGGAAAGAAGAAAAACGUGUACUUCUGCUCGAGUAUCGUUCGAAACAUUGUCCAGCUGAACGAGAAGCGCGUGAAGAUCAUCAAUCUUGGCGUGAAGUCUUUCGUACGCUGCGCUACGCGUAACAUCGAGUGUGACUUUCGUCUUGCCAGUGAAGGUCUGGCAAGCGUCAACUCAUUCGUCGGCAGCCAGCGUCGUGUGAUGGUACAAAGGAAAGAUCUUAUAGAGCUGCUCUCCUGUACUGAUCCCACCAAGCCGCCGGAAAUUUCGUCGCUAACUGCCGAAACGCAGUUGAAUCUACAGAACGUAGCUUCCGGUAGCUGCGUUUUGGAAUGCAUGGUGGAUGAUGUGAAACUGGCCACGGUUGGAUGGAAAGGAGCCAUGAGCCUUAGAGCGUACGUCGAUCAGUACGACACAAUGCACAUGCUGCGAUUGCUCGGUGGGGAUCUUUCGAAAUUCGAAAAAAAUAAAUUCCAGGACAAACGUGCAGCAGAAGUAGCAGCGGAUGAAAUAGACGAGAACGAUCCAGCGGCCGAUGACGAGUUGGGUUCUGUAGGAGAAACAAACGAUGAUUAG